AUGUCUUCCGACCUUGAGAAAGGGAGUCUGAGCGAGAAGAGCUACGCAGCGGGAGCUACUCUCGGAAACCCUAAUGCUUCUACAACACAAGAAGCGUCUGCCUUCGCGGCAUCUAUCGCGGAUUCGGAGCCUACUGCUGUCGACCACAACCACCACCCAGACGACGCUUUCGUCGAGGGCGGAUUAAGAGGCUACCUCACCGUCCUCGGCGCAUUUCUUGCGCUCUUUUGCAGCUUUGGCCUGAUCAGCUCGUUUGGGACGUUCCAGUCUUGGUAUGCGGAUCACCAGCUCUACCGCUCGCCUUCCGCCAUUUCUUGGAUUGGGUCGCUGCAGCUAUGGGUAUUCUUCUUCUCGGGUGGAUUCAUUGGUCGCAUCUUUGAUUGCCACGGCCCUCGACUCGUUAUGGUCCUCGGCGCUCUUCUACACUCGUUUAGCCUCAUGAUGACUAGCCUCUCUACGGAAUACUAUCAGUUCAUCCUAUGCCAAGGUAUCUUAUUCGGGCUUAGCACCGGCAUGUUAUUCUACCCCUCUCUUGCCUCGGUCUCCACUCAUUUCAAAAGGUAUCGAGCGACUGCCAUUGGGAUUGCAGUAGCUGGGUCCAGCGUAGGCGGAAUUGUGUACCCGAUUAUGCUAGACACUCUCUUCCCGCGACUAGGAUUCGCAUGGACAGUCCGGAUCCUAGGAUUCAUGGGCCUCGGCUGCUCUUCCAUAGCUGUCGCGCUCGUCUCCAGGCGACCCUCUCCAGGGAAGACCCCCGCCACCCGCUGGUGCGACUGUCACAUCACGAAAGACGCUCCUUUCCUGCUUCUCGUCCUCGGGAGCUUCUUGGUCUGCUUCGGCAUAUUCAUUCCCUAUUUCUACAUCGUGUCCUACUCCGCCGCGCACGCCGUGUCCGUGACGCGCGGCAUCUCCCGCUCGUUCUACCUCCUCUCGAUCAUGAACGCGGGCGGCGUCCUGGGACGCAUCGCCCCCGCGUACCUCUCCGACGCGGUCGGGCGCUUCAACCUGCUUGUCCCGUCUGCGCUGCUGUCGGGCGUGCUGUGCCUCGCGCUGUGGACGACGGCGGAGACGCGUGGCGCGCUCGUCGCAUUCGCGUUCUUGUACGGGUUCUUCUCGGGUGCUUUUAUAUCGGGCAUCAAUCCCUGCGUCGCGCAGAUUUCGGAGAUGAGCCAGGUUGGGACGAGGAUUGGGAUGUUGUAUACACUGGUCUCGUUACCAUCGCUCUUCGGUGGUCCUGCUGCUGGUGCCUUGCUCGCAAGAGCGCAUGGCUCGUACAUACCUAUGACCAUCCUGUCCGGCGUCACUCUCGUCGUCGGCUCGCUCAUUAUCCUGUGCUCGAAGCUGAAGAUCGACCGACGCGUGUGUGCCCAAGUAUAA